AUGGCUAAAUAUAAAGGAAAAGAAUAUAGAGGAUCAAAAUUUGAAAAAAUCCUAGAGCUUGCUGCAAAACAAGGUGUAGAAGCCUGGGAGAUCGACCCUAAUGAAAUUUAUUCUGAUGAUGAGUCAAAAGAAGAGGAAACGAUAAAUGAGGCUAAAGAGCACGAAGAGGAAAAGACCAAAUUUCUUCAGGAGGAAAUUACUAAAGAAGAGCUAGAAACUUUGAAAGUAAGAAGAGAAAUGAUAGGAGCGAUGCUAAAAGAUGUUGAAGAACAAGAAAAAUACAAGCCUUAUUAA